UGUUACUCCACGGUUGUCUACUUAUGAAAUAUCUACCCCUUGUUGUGUAUCAAUAGUUUGACGAUCUUCAAUGUGAAAGAUCCGAGAUAAGUUUUUAAGUGCUUGUAUAAAGGAUAACAAAGCUACCAAUGUGCGACAAUAAAAUGUAAUAUCCGACAGGUUGGCCUGAUGAUAAUCUCACAUAGUGCCCAGUAACCAGGGAUUCCACGAGAGUUCGCUCGUUCAAACACACAUUGGUGAUCUUCUUUAAACGCAAUAUAGCCCAUGAAUAUAGUUAUAUCUUUUUUUUUGAGAAGCGUAUUUUGAAGUGAAAUUAUUAAUGAGAAAUCUGUGAAAUAAAUUCAUAUUGAAGUUUAGCAUAAUUAAUAGUGGGACGAUAUUUGUGCGUUUGUGUUACCGUAAAAAGGGAAGUUUAUGUUGCUGUAAAUUACAAUUUCACAGCUUUUGGAUGAUACAAAAUGUCUUAUUUUUGGAACGAUAGGCCAAAUUCUGGCAAGCGCCCGAUAAAUUACAGAGUUUCCAACAAAUUUUCUGAACAUGACAACCGGAACGCAUUCCAGAAUCAUGGAGUUUAUUUUGGCGAUGGUCAAAACACACGCCAUCUUGGCCGGAACUUGAUAGAUCCCCAUCUUCGUCUUCAUAGUACAGGUAAAGAUUUCUUAAAGCAUUUGGGGCGCGAAGUAACCGAUUACAGCUACAACUCUACAUACAACAAAUCGUAUCUGGGAAGAGACACAGAGGAACCUCCGAGAUGUCGUAGAUUCCCUAAAUCACUUCAACCAGCAGAGCAGGGAACCAUUCCAUUGUCAACAACAACAACAGCCUGGUUACCGUCUGCAGCACCCCAGCACAAAACAGACACACAGGUUUUGGCAGUGAGCCAAGAACCGUUUCUAAAGCAUAAUCCGUGGAAAUAUUCUUACCACUCAAAGAGAAAUGUUUAUCCACCAUAUGAACGUCGGUCCGAACCCAUCAUAGACAAUAUGUUUAACAGAUACGGAGCCGCUUUUAAUUCUAGUUCAAAUUUCAAUUCUACUGGAUUCAGUGGACUUAGUGGUCUUGAAACAACUGGUUGUAGUUAGGUUAUUAAUAUGUAUCUUUGUUUUUGUUUAAUUUUUUCGUUUAAAAAAUCUUAUUGUUAAGUCAAAUGUUAAGUGACUCAUGACUGAUACAUGGAAUUGUUUAACUGUUGUAUGUUGUAAAAUAUCAAGUAUUAACAAAACA